AUGAUUAUUUUCAAGGACAUUAUUUCUGGUGACGAAUUGCUCUCUGACGCUUAUGAACCAAAAUUGGUUGACAAUGUCGUUUACGAAGCUGACUGUACCAUGAUCAAGGUUAAGGCUGGUGCUGAUGUUGAUAUCGGUGCUAACCCAUCUGCCGAAGACGCUGAAGAAGAAGUGGAAGAGGGUGUUGAAACCCUCAACAAUGUUGUCUACUCUUUCAGAUUGCAACAAACCGCUUUCGACAAGAAGUCUUUCUUGACUUACAUCAAGGGUUACAUGAAGUCUGUCAAGGCUAAGUUGGCUGAAAUCGACCCAGAACAAAUCCCAGUUUUCGAAAAGGGUGCCACCGCCUACGUUAAGAAGGUCAUUGGUUCUUUCAAGGAAUGGGACUUCUACACUGGUGAAAGCAUGGACCCAGAUGGAAUGGUCGUCUUGUUGAACUACCGUGAAGAUGGUGUUACCCCAUACGUUGUCAUCUGGAAACACGGUAUUCAAGAAGAAAAGAUCUAA